CGCUGUGUUUUGAGUACAUGACAGAAUAGGAAAUACUUUGCUUUUUUGUUCAAUGGGGGGUGGGGGAUAAUGUGUGUGUGUGUGUGUCUGUGUGUGUGUUGUGUGUUGUGUGUUUCAUGCUUUUCCCCUUCUCUUUUUUAUCUUAUUUUCUCUCAAAUAAUUUUUUAAUCGCGAAUGUCUAAUGAGACUCAUUCUGAAAAUCCAAAUACACAAUCAACCGUGGGACAAGAAUUUGCUUCGAAUAUCUCUGUGGCCGACCUUGCUAUUCUAUCUACAGCUUACACACCACCAGACACUUUACCAGAUACCCCUAUUAAAACCAAGCGACGUGUCACAUUUAACCUACAAGACAUUCAGGUGCAAACUAUACCUGCCUACGAUUCUGCCUCUUCUUCCUCUUCAGAAAUCUCUUUGGAUAUUAUCAAACCAGAACGCAUCUCCAAAAAGGAAAGUUACGAUGCUUUACUACAACGAAAACAAUUUAGACGCGAUCACCCCAACACAAGCACCAUUACAGCGGCAACUACUACAACAGCAACCACUACAACAGCAAAACCGGGUUACUGGUAUCCGUUGGCUUCUGGUCCCAUCUUGACCCAUACACCCAUCUCGUCUUUAGAACGUACUGAAUCCUUGAUUAAUGAAACCAUUCAACGUGAACUCUAUUCCCAUUAUCCACCUCCUUCUCCUUCUAUUUCACCAGAUACCAAUUCAGCGCUUGAUGAACCCACCGCCACCGUGGCAUUUGAUCAAAUACCCAUCUCUGCCAAUAAAAAUGCAUUAAUUAUAUCACCACCUUCUUCCUUGCAUGAAGAUCCUAUCUGGGUAGAUCACCCCACUCUCUUAUUAACCCCUUUACCGCAAGAGCCACGAACCAGUUUAUUCUUUAUCAAGAUUCUAAAAGCAGAAUCCCUAGAUUUUCCUAUUGACAGCAACGACACAGAAUCAUUUUGUAGUAUCCAAUAUAAAAAACGAUCAACUACUUCGCCUCGUCAACCCUUGUCACACACAAUGCAGUUCGAUCAUGAGAUGAAAAUUGAGAAUGUAGAUCCUAAUGAAUUAGUAGCGAUUACCAUUGGUGUAAUCAAAAAAGAAAAAAGCUGGUUUCAUCGAUUUCGACCGUCUUCUGAUUUAGAACGUUAUAUGCAUGAAAAGGAUGGUUCCAUCUGUCAGACGAUUUUCUCACCAGGUCGAUUCGUAGUGGACGAUGCAUUGGAUCAAAAAGCCACGUUAAUGUUGGUCAAUAACUGGUAUGGGGAAGGCAAAUCUACAUUUAGGCAACAACGCAAAAAGUCAAUCAUGAGAGAAAAGGCUGUAGGCAAGAUUUAUAUCCAAUGUGUGUAUAUUACAGCACCCAUCUCCUGUUCUUUACCACAUACAAUGGAUGAAGCAUUAGAAGGAUUAAAUGCAAAGCGAUUUCAUGAAACAGAAUGGCAAUCAGGUUAUCUCUUUCAAAUUGAUGCACGAGGAAGAAGACGACAGUAUUUUACAUUGAUUGGUGGUGAUUUAUUAGCGCAUAUGUCACCGCAAGAUCCUGUACUAUACAAGAUACCAUUAUCGAAAGCCACCAAACUCACUUUUGAUGCUUGCUUAUUUCAAUUGGAUUUUGAUGGAGAAAGUCCUAUACAAUUUUCUUGUGAAUCCCUACAAGAGUUCAAUAAAUGGAUGGCUGUGCUACAAGUCAUGGUGUGUAAAUUACCAAGAUUACCCGCAUGGAUUUCAACAUAGAAAUAACAAUUGUUUUGAUAAUAAUAAUAAUAAAAAAAAGAUACCCCACCCCACCCCCCUUUUACCAGC